UAUAUCCUUCGACCAAUCGCUUAGCUUGUAAGAAUCAGUCUAGUAGUUUUCAAGAUGGCAGCAUGUACAGAUACGGAGGAGAAGCCCUCUUCCCCUAAAGAAAACUCGCCUGUCGAAAUUCACGCAAAAAAUGCUGUAAAUCAUGAAAUGCGAAAAAAUUGUUAUAAUGAACUAUGCAACACUAGCAAGAACUCCGAUUCUGUUUCUGAGAAAACUGAGAAAUCAAAACCUGAUGUAAAUACCUUAUCUGAAGAUGAGUUUCUUCAAUUAAUGAUAGAAGCUAGUACCUUUAACAAGUCUUCAAAACAAGAAAGUGCUCUUUUGAAACAAUUAAGAUCAGACAAUCCUAUAACAGAUACUGAACCUACUGAUAAAGCUGCACUCUUUAAAAACAGCUCUCAGUUUUCGGUGCACAGGAAUUCUAAACAUACAAUUGGAACUAAUUCUUCAUCUUUUAAUUCUAGUUCUUGUUACUUAAGGACUUCUGACAAUAGAAAGAAACAUUCUAGGAACAAAGAUGACUCUAGUUCUAAAAGUGCUUUGAACUUAAAUGUCUUGCAAAAAGGCAUUCAUCAAUCUCAGUCUUUGCAAGAUCUUAUGAGUUCAGAUUUAUCAAAAUCUAAAAAGUCCCAUAAAGCACAUAGGACACAUUCGUUAUCAUCUGAUGAAGUUACAGGAAUUGAAACAGAUUCUUUAAUUAUUCCAAAAAGUGGUAAAAAGUCCUAUAAACAAUCAUCUACAGGUACUAAUAGUUCCAAAAGCGAAGUGAACAAAAGCAAGAGCCUUUCUAAAGCAACCCGCAACUCAGAUAUAGAUUCUGUUCACUUGGCAAAUAAAAUUCAGUCCAAUGGCCCUAAAGCCUGUUCAAAUUAUCAGUCUUUGAGUGACAGUGAUAUUCCUACUGGUAAUAAUUCUAAUAGUCAGAAGGUGCAGAGUACUGAAAAUACUAUUGUAGUAAAUUCUCCUGUUGAAAUAGAAAUGGAAGAAAUCAAGUCUGAUAAAAAGUCAAGCAAAGAGGAAGAGUCUUUAUGUGGUAAAGAAUUGGAAAAGAGUAUGAAUGGACCUGUGGAGAGCAACAGCAAAUUCUAUAUAGAUUGCCAUGAUAUUGAUUCUACUGUUUCUUUUCCCUUGAAGUUAGUUUCUGGCAUUGAUGAUCAAAAUAAUAGAGCUAUGAGUGAAGGAAUGAAAUUUCCUAAUGUUCCAUGGCCUCGGCCAAUCCAGGUGCAAUCUUUUUUCAGUUCCUUGCCAAUGGACACAGACUCAUUUGGCUCUAGAAGUGAGAAACAAAUUUUAAAUGCUGAUAUCAAUGGUAAUCCAUUUGGAAGAGCAUCUCGUUCUUCAAAUAUUGCUUCCUUUGUAUCAAGUCAACUUUCUGAGUAUGGGAAUGGCAAUUUAGCAUCGGAAACAAAAAAUCGUAAGAAUAAGCGGUUAAGGAAUUCUGUAAACAAAGGAGUCUUGGCAGAACAUAUUGCUGGUCAUCGAGGUCAAGAAGAUAUUGAUGAUUUAGUGCAAUAUAUUAUGUCAGAUACUGAUAAAAAGAAAGGAAAUUCUCCAAAUCAGAUAGUAUUAAAUAAAAACAGUUUGCUUCAUGAAAAUGAGCGAAAAAAGUCUGUUAGUAAAGAGUUAAAGAACUUUCAAAAAAAUUCAAUAAAUACUGCUAAAAAGAAAUUAACUCGCUCCAAUUCUCUUGAAAAUAUGACCAGCAGCACCAUGACAAGUGAUGCAGAAAACCUGUUUAUUUCUGAGCCUGAACAUACAAAAGAUAGCAAAACAAAUAGCCUUGAAGAAAAAACAAAAAAUCUUGAUAUAAAUAGCAAUGAAGAAAGUAAGUACUCAGAAUCAGUGGAAAACAAUAGACGCAACAGCAUUGAUGAAAGUAGUUCUCAAAAUUGUGUAGGACAAAAAUCGCCUGAUAUUUCUGGUUUUGCUGCUGACUUUUACUCUACUUCUAAUGUUUCUUCUCAAACAACUGAAGAUACUGGAUUUUCAGUAGUAAAGAAAAAGCAGCGGAAGAAACAGGGUAAACGGUCGGAAUCUUAUAGAUGGCGCAAUCCUCAAAAUCAGCGGAAGAAAGGAAUGAUGUUAACAUUGGCCGAGAGCAAAUGUGGUAAACAGGACUCUCGACGCAAAUCUACAAGUAGUGUACCUCAUUCAGAUCAUUCUUCUGCAGAUAAUUCGGAUUUAGACAGUGUUCACUCUCUUCCAGUUCGAGGUUCGGCUCCUCAUCAAACUCAGCCUCAUCCACAUACCACACCUUCAUCUUCAUCAUCCACACCUCAGGCUUCUUAUGCAGAUAUAGCUAGAAUGCCCAUAUCAAAGCUCAAUUCAACGUCUCCAAACAUUGCAUAUAGUUUUGUGAAACCUCAUGUAACGGGAGAGGAAGUCAAGCGAACAGAUGGUAAUGGUGUGCCCUCCGUCAAAAGAAAAGUGAGUGAUUCAAGAGAACCAUCUGUAGCUGUUAAAGGAAUAGUCCGUUCACCUGCAUCAGAAAAAGAAAGUGAUAUUAGUAAUUCUUCUGAUGUUAAGAUUAGGUCUCAGGCUAAAUCUACACGAGAAAUUAAUACUCAAACCGAGCCAGAAAGUAUAAUUCCAGAUGUUUCAAAGGUAGAAAAUUUAAAUACAAAAACCAAAAAAGUAGAUGAGUCUCCAAAAACUUUAUGCAGUUCCUGUUCAAGAAAAGGUAGUUGUAGCUGUUCUAAAUCUCCUCCAGGUUCUCAAAAACUGAAAAACAAUAAUAUUCCGCCUGUUAUUAUGGACAACAUGCCUCCCGAGUCAAAUGUGUGCAAUGUUUCGUUUGGAUUCGGUGUUGAGGAAGUGCUUCAGAUGACUCCAGGAAAGAAAGCAAACUCUCCAUGUUUGGAUAAAGGACAGAAAAAUAAAGACAUUGAGGGCUCAGGAAAAAGUGAAGGCAUUUCUGAAAUAUCUAGUGUAAAUAGUAAAAGUUUAAGUUCUGAGGUUAAUUCUUGUUCUAAAAGCUCACUUUCAUCAGAUGUAUCAAAAACUGUUCACAGUCAGGAUCUCAAGCAUGAACAGUCUAGUCAUCUUAAAACUAUAUAUAUUAGAGGUGGUAAAAAUCUUCACUAUGCUGAAACUGAGUUUAAUGACAAGAAAUUUAAUCGAACUGAAAUAGCAACAUAUUUUGGAAAUGAAUUUCAUAGUGUGAAACGUGAAUUUGAAAGUACCACAAAUAGCUCAAAAAUGAAGUUCUAUGAGGACAGUUCAGAGGAGGCCUAGUUCCUUUAAACCAAAAAUAAAUGGGCUUAGUCUGGUGUAUAAACUAUGCUACUGGGUCCAAUGGUAUUGAUGUUAAAGGGAAAAAAAAUGUGCUUUCUAUGCUUUAGUCAUUUUUUGUUCCUCAAGAAACUUAAACCUGCCAUCAGUGUAUAUGCAUUACGUUCCAGGAAACUUUGCUUGACUACAUGGGGAAAGUACAGUAAUUAUUGAUUUGUGUGGCACCUUGCUGUUUCCAGGGAUCAUUUAUCAUUGUGCUGCAAGAAUGUUUAGCAUGCAGUUUCGAACCAUGGUAAUCAGUAUAUGCCUUUUGGCUCUAGUGCUGUGAUUUCUGACUAUAAAUGGAUAGUUAUAAUUCUAGCUUAUUGAAAUAAAAAAUAUUCUUUUUUAAUGAAGACAAGUGCAAGCAAGACUGAUUAUCAAAUAUACUUGUUCAAAGAGCAAUUUUUUUAAAUGAAGUGCAGCCUUUGAACACCUGCUUACGGAUACAUUUUGCGUAUUUUCUUAUUUAUGUAGUUGUCAUAUAAUACACAAUUUGACCGUGAUGAUUCAAUUCUACUGUGACAGUUAAAUAUAGUUCUCUUGUUGUUUCCAUUUGUGAAAUUUAAGUUUUGUUAAUACUUACCUCAAAUUGUAUUAUUUAUAGAACUUUCUACCAGAGACUUGCUAAUGUUUGGAAAGCAUGUUGGAAUGAGACACAGUUUCCAUUUUUAAAAAAAUUAUGUAAUAGUUUAUGGUUUAAAGAAAAUUAUUUAAUCUUAAAAAGCUAUAGUUUUAAAAUGUGUUUUAUUUGUAUGAAAUAUUAUUGGACUUGCAUACUUCCACCAAAGAUGUGUAUAUGUUUAUUUUGGUAAAGAAUUAUAUAAUUAUUGAAAAUACAUUUCUAAUAAGAUUUGAAGUUUUAUUUUAUAUUGAAUUAUAUUAUUGACAGUGCUGUUGCCAAAAUCAAUAUUUUUUGUGUGCAUUUGAAUCAUUAGAUACAAGUAUUUUCCUGAAAUUUGAAACUGUGUAGAUACUUAAAAAAUUAUAUUAAAAUUCCGGUUCCUUAAUAUUAAAAAAUAUAUAUAUUAUUGUUCUAAAAUAUUUUUCAUUCAAAAAUCAAGGAAGAAUCGAUGAUUCACAUUUAAAUGCAAUUGGUUGUGAAUAUUUAUUCUGGGGAAGUUUGUGUAUAAAAUAUAAGGAGAAAAAAAAUAUUUUGUAUUUGUUGGUGACUACUGUCCUUAGUAUCUAUGUUGGUGUUCGUAUUCAGGAACAAAAUUAAUUUUGAAUAAUUUCUGAUGACUUUUUUUUCCCCAGUCGUUUAAAUUUUAAACAAUUUCAAUCAAAGCAUGUAUUAUUUAGUUAUUAGAGUAUUUGAAGAGUUUUAUUUGAAAUUUGUGUUUUUAACUUGAAUUUUUAAUUUAUAUUACUUGUUUGAUGAAAAUUUUAUUAACUACAUUUUCCUACCUAUUCUGUUUGUGGGUAUUAUUAUCAGACCAGAUUCACUUCAGAAAAUCUCACCGGUGUAUUUAUUGCUUAUAACCUUAUGACUACUAGUUUUUCCAAUGAUUUAAUCUCUAUUUUGAAGAUUUUUUUUAAUUGGAUUUCACUACUCAUACCAGUGUGGUUGCUUUAUUUUUUUUCGGUAACAAUUCAUUAUAUUUAGAUGGAAGAUAACUGUUAAAAUUCUACCUCUAGUUCUUUUACAAAUUUUAAAAUUAUUUCAUUUUGAUACUUUUUUUCAUAAAUGCUUAAUUGUCGCAUGAUCAAACUUAUUAUAGUUCUAGAAAAAUUGAAUUUUGAUCCAUACAUAUUUUUGUAGCACUUAUUUUGUGAUAAUUGCUUUCUAUUCAUAAAUAUAAACCAAAUGUUCUUUGUAUUUUUCCAAAGUAGUAUUUUAACUUGAAAGUAAUCUGAAUGAAGCAAUUUUUAAUAUUUAAUCAUUUUGUUUGUAUAAAUUCUGAUUAGAUGAAAUAUAUUUCUAGCAUUGCAAUUAAAUAAAUAAAUAAAAACAUAUAUUUAAUUGAUGAAAUAGACAUCCAUUUUUGUAGACAUUAAUUGGUAAAAUUGGCAAAAGGCUCUUGUUUUUUAUUAAAUCAAAUACUAUAAUGUAAAGAUGCAAAAUGCAAUUUUGUAUAAUCAAAUUUUCUCCAAAAUAACCAUACAUAAUUUUUUAAAAUUACUUUGAGAAGAUCCCUCUCCUUUUUUUCUUGUAUUUCAACACAAGGAAA